ACACACGAAGAAGAAUAAAGAGAAAACGUCAGUCUAACCUAACCUAAAAACAAAAUAUAUUUGACAUAGGAUUAUGAAAAAAUAUCAUUUCUUUGAAUUGUAAUAAACCAUUAUUCGUUAAUAAUGUCGGCUAGAAAGCGUAGCGGUUCUGGUUCCAAGCGACAAUUCAAAGAAAAAGUUGUACAAAUAUAUGAAUGUCUUCUAAAAGGUGAUGAUGUUUCUCAACAAAAUACACUUUUUUGGGAAGAGUUUUUUCUACUGAAGCCUAAAGUUGCAACGAUAGAAAACGAAAUACAGAAACUUUCCGUUGAACAACUCCAAAUAGCCAAGAACAAUAUAAAUCUUCUUUUCAACCAAUGUAUUGAAAUUUUGGACCAACAAAAUAUUAGAGCUGCUUAUGGAUUAUUGACUUUAUGUGCCCUUCUACACUCAAUUUUCAAAAAAGGCUUAGAUUCUCAAAUAGAUGCUAUAGAAUUUUUAAUGGGAUUUGAAAAUGUAGCUUUAAAAACACAAAAAUUACUAAAAAUGUGUCAGAGUUUUCUUGAAGGAGAGGAUUCCACAGAUGCUGUUAAAGCACUUUGCCUUAAAUUAAUACUAAUUUUAACAACAGGACUUGAAUCUAUUAAUCAAAACACUUUAAUAGAAUGUAUAAUGGUAACUCCUGUAUUUGAAUGUCUCGUGAAAUUAUUGUGUGACGUUCCGACACGGCAAAGGCAUGGAUUUGAUGUUGUCCUAAUUAUAACUCUCUUAGUAAAUUACAGGAAAUAUGACGCCACAAAUCCUUACGUUGUGAAAUUGUCAAUUUUAGAUGAUGAACUUGCUUUAAACGGUUACGGGCAAGUAAUAACAUCAUCACUAUCGGAUUUUUGUAAUCAGUACAAUGCGGAACAUGCUGAAAACCAAAAUGCUUCUUGGUUAACAUCUCUCACUAACAUAGUUGGUAAUAUGUUCAUAUCUGAAGAAGCAGGAUUCAGGAUGCAACAAGUUAGAGCGAACAAUGCACUUUUACUGGCUUUUUACGAAGCCGUCCAUUUGAAUAGGAAUUUCAUUACGACUUUAGCUCAAACUCAGACUGAUUCGAGCUUACCCCCAUCUCCAAAUAAUACUUUAACCAACGUACAGGGUGCCCCAGACUUAUCAACAGCAUUAACUACAUUUGAUAUCACAACUCAACCAUCUAAUUUAUUGGUAACAUUUUUCCAAUAUUGCUCAAUUGUGAUGCAAGAUACGAAGACUGAAGCUGGAACGCAUACGGUAAAAUUAUGCUUCCUUAUAUUGAGUUGUAUAACCGAAGACCAAUACGCCAAUUCUUUAAUGCACGACGUCACUUUGGCGUUUAAAGUUCGAUUGCAUCGUUUCCCUAUGAGACACCGUAAACUUUCAGCCGACAAAACCACGUCCAGUCAACCCCUAAUCUGUACUCUACUAGACUUAUUGGUCGAAUUCGUCUUGAGCCACAUGAUGAAAAAAUUACCAAUGGAAUUAUAUCUUUUGUGUACGGGGGUAAUUCAAAGGAUUCUAUGUUAUCAGAAGAAAUGUCGUAUUAGAUUGAAUUAUUCGUGGAGAGAUCUUUGGACUGCCCUGAUAGCUUUACUUAGGUUUAUUUUACAAAACGAAAACUCCCUAGGGAAAAAAGUCAAUAUAUUUGAUUUGUCGAUAAAAGUUGUCAAUUUGCUCAACUUUUUUAUUACCUAUGGCGAUAACUUUUUACCCACGCCUGGUAGUUACGACGAACUGUAUUACGAAGUGAUAAGAAUGCAUCAAGUUUUCGAUAAUAUUUAUUCUAUGGCUUUACGUUAUGCUAGUGGCGAUGGAGACUUCAAGGAAGACGCUCUAAAACUAAACAACACUCUAUUUAAUGUGAGAGCAAUAAUAAAACAUUUUAAUCCGAAAAUAGAACAGUGGCUGGCUUCGGCGAAUCUAUCGACACCGAGCGAAGAACAAAUUUUAGAAAUAGUGAAGAAGAAUUACGACAGUCUAACUUUGAAAUUACAAGAUUCGUUGGACCAUUACGAAAGGUACUCUGAGAAACCGCAGUACGCUAUGUUUUUCACGCAUAUGGUGAAAACGAUUUUCAGCGAUACGAGAAGUAGUAUUAGUUGUUCGUUAUUAAAUUUUCCAAACAUUGCUAAUGAAUAUCCUGUUAUAUAAUUGGAAUUCAAUAUAUUUUUUGGAAAAGUUAA